UUCUUAUAUUCUACACGGAUCUUGAGCUGUUUCAGACUCACUUUUUUUUUUUCCUCUUCUUUUCUGGAUUGGGGUUUUGUUUAAUCGUUUAUUUCUUUGCUUUGAGGCAAAAGCUUGGAUCUUUCAAGGGUUCUGCUUUGAUCGAGAAAGGGAAUAUUUGAUUGGCUGAAAGAGACCCAGAAGAGGGUCUUAAACAUUGGGGAAGAAGCUUAAAGGUUUUAGAGCUUUUUGGGGUCAACUGGGAAGCCUUUUGCUUACUGGGUUUUUGGUGUUUAGUAGCUUUCUGGAUCAGCUGGGAAGCUUUUGCCCACUGGGUUUUGGGUUUUGGGUUUUAGUAUCUGGGUCCUGCUGUGUUUUUUUUUCCUCUGAUUUCAGCGUCGCCAAAUUGAUUCAGGUAUUUCUGUUCGGACCAAUUUAGCUUCAUUGGAGCAUUUGUCCCACUUGAAAAGCAGUAAAGUUGAUCUAGUUAGCAUGAAGCCAGAUGAACCUGAAUUUACGUGAUCUUCAUUUUGUUUAGAGACACAGUUUCACAAGGGAUAGUUUAAGUUGAUACUGUGACACUGACAUGGGGUGUCAAUGCUCCAAACUCAUACCAUGUUGCUGGAAUUCACAAUUCAAGGCAGCGGUUCUUGAAGCUCCUGACAUUGAUAAUGAGGAGAAGAGCGAUGUUGAUUACUUGCCUACAUUUUGUGAAUUCACAUUUGAGCAACUUAAAAAUGCGACAUCUGGUUUUGCAGUGGAGUACAUUGUGUCUGAGCAUGGAGAGAAGGCUCCAAAUGUUGUUUAUAAAGGGAAACUGGAAAAUCAGAGGAGAAUUGCUGUUAAGCGCUUCAAUAGGAUGGCCUGGCCUGAUGCUCGGCAGUUUUUGGAGGAAGCAAGAUUGGUUGGUCAGCUCCGCAACCAGAGAUUGGUCAAUUUGCUUGGUUGCUGUUGUGAAGGUGAUGAGAGGUUGCUUGUGGCCGAAUACAUGCCCAAUGAAACACUUGCGAAACAUCUUUUUCAUUGGGAAACACAGCCUAUGAAAUGGGCAAUGCGAUUGAGGGUUGUUUUACAUCUCGCACAGGCUCUAGAGUACUGCACAAGCAAAGGGCGUGCCCUUUAUCAUGACCUUAAUGCUUACAGAAUUUUAUUUGAUGAGGAUGGAAAUCCUAGAAUAUCUACCUUUGGCCUCAUGAAAAAUAGUAGGGAUGGGAAGAGUUAUAGUACAAAUCUGGCAUUUACUCCUCCUGAAUAUCUUAGAACUGGGAGAGUAACACCAGAAAGUGUAAUAUAUAGCUUUGGGACUCUUUUGCUUGAUCUUCUCAGUGGAAAGCAUAUUCCCCCUAGCCAUGCCCUAGACCUGAUUCGGGACAGAAAUCUUCAGAUGCUGACAGAUUCUUGCUUGGAAGGACAGCUUUCUGAUGAUGCCACUGAGUUGGUACGGUUGGCUUCACGAUGUUUACAAUCUGAACCCCGAGAGCGACCAAAUCCAAAGUCAUUAGUUGCUUCUUUGACGCCUCUUCAAAAGGAAACUGAGGACUUAAGAGAGCUACACUUUUGUUCAGUGUCUUUCAUGGUGAGCGAUAUUCUAGGAAGAAGCUUCGAAAAUCUGUAUCGCCCCAAAACCGAGGGUCAUUUUUAUAGGGGUUUUAAGGUUCCCUCUUUUGUUUUGAUGGGUAUUCCAAACAGUACCUGCUGCUCUCCUCUUUCGCCACUUGGCGAAGCCUGCUCAAGAAGGGAUUUGACUGCUGUACAUGAGGUCCUAGAGAAUAUCGGCUAUAAAGAUGAUGGAAUGACAAAUGAGCUCUCGUUUCAAAUGUGGACUGACCAAAUGCAGGAAACAUUAGAUUCAAAGAAAAAGGGGGAUUCUGCUUUUAAGCGGAAGGACUUUAGAACCACAAUUGAGUGUUAUUCACAGUUCAUUGAUGUUGGAACCAUGGUUUCUCCAACAAUUUUUGCCCGGCGUGGUUUGUCUUAUCUCAUGAAUGACAUGCCUCAGGAAGCUCUGAACGAUGCAAUGCAAGCUCAAGUAAUUUCCCCAAUAUGGCACAUUGCAUCUUAUCUUCAGGCUGCUGCCCUUUCUGCCCUUGGAAUGGACAAUGAAGCACAAGCUGCACUAAAGGAGGGUACUAUGCUUGAAGCGAAAAGGAAUGCUGCAGCUGCAAAGAAGUGAAAACCAAGGAUCAGGUACUGAAUUUGACACUUCUCAGUUUGGUUCUCAGCACAUGUAGAUGUUGCUCAUAAGGUUUCGAAUCACGGAAGUCAAAGCUUCACUCAGUUCCAUGAUAUUAAGAUUUUGGUCAUUUUCCCGCGAGAUAUGUUGUAUUUGAGUUCUUCGAUUUGAUCUGAUUUCUUGUCCGUUAAAUGUUUCCAGUAUAUGAAUUACUCUGGAAAAAUGGAAACAAAAAAAAAUGUUGUAAACAACAGCGGGUGGAAAAAAGCUUGUAAUUUGUGUACAAAAUACAUAAAAGAUUCCUGGUGUAUUCUUUCUGAAGAAAACAGUGGAUGCCAUUCUCAGAAAAAAGUUCCAAGUUUGACAGCUGACGGGAGAAAAGAAAAGAAAGAAAAUUAGUUGGCUUUCUGUAGUAAAUGUU